GACUGUAAUUCCUAAAUGUUAAUGUGGUUUUAUUUAUUUUUAUUAUAAACUCCUUGCAAAUACAAGCACAUCUUUAGUGUUUCAUUUAAAUUCCUCUGUAAGAACAGAUUUCAACAUUUUGUUGUUAUGAACAAUCAUGCGCUUGCGUAUGCUGACGAAAUAAGCCUUGUCUCUUCUCAUGCCUUGUGGUCACAGUGAGUGGAAUAUGCGGGUAUAGAAAAUAAAUGAUUAGAAUUACAGAUGCAAAAUCACAAAAUUCUAUCACUGCCCAAAUGCUUAUGCACCUUACUGUAUUAAUAAGCUAACGCUGAAAUUGCUUGUUGUUCUGUGCAGUCUUCUACACUAAUAAUCCUUGUACUUUGACUGUCAGAAAGGUGUGUGUUCUGCAUGGCUGUGUUAUUGUACCAUAGUGGGUUGACGGGUCAGAAAUUUGUAACGUCAGCAUGCACCGAGUGAAGACGGAACAAGUCAUUGUUGGAAGUGAGAUGAUGCCCUCACCACAGAUAAAGUCUGAGCCUGUGACCAUCCCUCUGCAAAUUUAUAAUAAUGAGAAAAUGCAGUGUUUCCAGUGCUUUAUCACCUUCUCUGACCCCAAGGCCAUGGAGAGGCACAUGAAACAGAGUCAUCGGGAGCUUUAUAACCUGCAGCUGCAGCAGACAAACACCGUCUUCACUUGCUAUAAUUGUGAUAAGAGCUUCUCAUCCUCUGAUGAGCUCAGCCAGCAUCAGGCCAUCCACAGCAAUGAGGAAAAGUCAUUUCAUUGCACCUACUGUGUAGAACGCUUCUAUACCUUCUCUGAGCUGACGAAGCACAUACGGUAUGAAUGCAUUAAACGGCAGUGGCCAUGCAGAGACUGUGGAAUUUUUUUUCCUAGUCGUUCACGUUAUCGACACCAUCGGAUUGUUGUGCAUUUACACAAGGAAGACGAGAUCCUGCAGCACCAGGCGACAUUUGGACGUGAUACAAACUGUGCCAUUAUGCGGACAGAAAAGGCCCGGGGACACAAACCCAAGAAAGUACCUCAGGCAAGGAUGACUGACAGCAAUAAGAUCAAACAAGAAGAGGAACCAGUGGAAUGUGACCAAAACAGAGACUCACUGACAAAACAACAGAAAACAGAGCUUAAGAUCCCUUGUCCUGAAGAAAGCUGUGAACUCCUGUUUUCCUCUAUUGAAGCCCUGCGGGCUCACAAAAAGGACCGACAUGGUGCUGCCCCUUUUCCUCGCAGUGUUCACCUCUGCACAGAGUGUAAUGAGAGCUAUGCUCAGCCAAAUCAGGCCAGGGUUCACAACUCUAACCGAUACAACUGCUCCACCUGUGGAAAGAGCUUUGGGCGAAAGAGCAACCUAAAUGCUCACCAGAACACGCACAUGGAGGGAGGAGGAGGAGCAGAAAAAUGAUAACAUGUAGAAAGUACUGUAUUAAUUAUUAUUGUAUUGCAACUUCAUUGGUUAAUUUUUUUUAAUCAAAUAGAUUUUUUUUUUUUUUAUAUACAAAUUUUGGUCAUUUCAAAGUUGAUAUUCUAUUAGUUGACCAUUGUAGGAAGGAAGAAAUGAAAAAUUUCUAGGGUGUCCGAGACAUAAUUUUGUAUAGUUCUGUAGAUUUGCAGCAAUGAGCCCUGUGUUAUGACAUAAAAAAACACAAAGUUAUACUUUGUAAUUG